AUGCCACAUAAAGGACUCUAUCCUGACGUUGUCACAUAUAACACUCUAAUUGAUGCCCUCUGCAAGGACAAUCAAGUACAAUUUGCACGUGAGCUCUUUAAAGAAAUGGAAUCUAAGGGCUUAAAACCAAAUGUAGUCACUUAUGAUUCAUUGAAUCAUGGUCUAUGUCAAAACGCACUGAUUGAUGAGGCAAUACACAUGUUUAAUGACAUGAAGAACAGUGCUGUGCUCCCUAGUAUUUUCACAUACACUAUCCUUAUGGAUGGCUUGUGUGAAGUUGGCCGACUUGAAGAAGCUGUAAGUAUCUUCUCUUUUCUGGUAGCUAAGGGAUUACCUCUAGAUGUGCAUACCUACACUCUAAUGAUUAAAGGAUUUUGUAAGAAAGGGCUGCUGACUGAUGCUAAUGAGCUAGUAAAGAAAAUGGAAGAUGAUGGAUGUCCUCUGUACCUACAAUACAAUUAUUAG